AUGGUAAACAUAGGAAGCAGUGGCUCAGUGCUGCUGGCACGCAGGCUUCUUUCAACGGGAGGGUUUUGGCGAGGCGGUGCGAACGGUACAAUGUCUCGCACAAUGAACAACGUAAAUCCUUUCAAAUUAAGAUUCAUACCGAAGACAGCACCCACGAAUACGGAGGCAGCUUCUUCGGAUACUCAGCAUUCGAGCAAGAAGCCCUUCAAGUUCGUAGUCUCCAAUCAGAGCGCGACCGAGAAGGCCGCUAAAAGCCCGAAAUGGUCAAGUUAUGCAUUUCCCUCGCCCGAGACCAUCAAGUCGCAUGAGGAGGCCGUUAAGAGGCAGAGGAAUACUAUAGACGAGCAAAUGGCCGCUGCGGUGGCCAAGAGUGACUGUUCUUGCACAGAGGCUCCUAAGAAAAGAAAGAGGAAACUAAGGCCAACAAAGGCGCUCAUCACACUGAGCCCGAAGGCAAUCAAGCAUUUGAGAGGGCUUCUGGCUCAGCCGAAACCCAAGUUGAUUAGAGUUAGCGCUAGAAACCGUGGAUGUUCAGGGUUAACUUACGAUUUGCAGUACAUUACCGAGCCGGGGAAAUUCGAUGAGGUCGUAGAACAAGAUGGCGUCAAGAUCGUCAUUGACUCGAAGGCCUUGUUUAGCAUAAUUGGCAGCGAAAUGGACUGGGUCGACGAUAAGUUGGCCUCCAAGUUCGUUUUCAAGAACCCAAACUCGAAGGGUACCUGUGGUUGUGGCGAAAGUUUCAUGGUAUGA